AUGUCUGCCUUCAGCAUCAAGAAACUGCGCAUAGCGGACCCGUUCGUAGAAGACAACGACAAAAUGCUGCAGCGCCUCAUUGAUGAAGCAUUCAGCAGCAUCAGCCACGGGAGGAACAAUGUUAAUCUCAUGCAAGCCGGUACAGGCCUGGAGUUUGUCUUUAAAAGGCUGCAGCCUGUUGUCCCUCUACCUGAUAGCCAGUGGUAUUCAGCAGUGUUUAAAAACUUUGACGUAGACCGAGAUGGGGAGAUCGAUCGCGAGGCGUUUGAAGACAUAAUAUUACAGGUGAGUGUUUUAAGAGUUUGA